AUGACUUUUUGGAAUCACUUGUUCACCGUCCCUACCGGGGGAAUUGCUAUAGUGAAAAUUAUUGACACAACUUCGCGAAUUGCUAAUUCAUCUGUGGACUAUUUGAUGGUGCCACCGAUGAAAGGGUUCUCAAAAAUGCCUACGCAUCCAUCUUGGUCUUUCUUAAUUGAAAAUCCAUCUGGGACCCGAGUACUUUUCGACCUGGGUAUCGCGAUCGACUGGAGACAAUAUGCUCCUAUUGUGUCUGACCGAAUAACCACGAAUGGAUGGCAUAUCACUGCAGAUCGAAGCGUCGCAGACAUUAUUGAAGACGGUGGCGUUCCCAGAGAGUCCAUUAAUAGUAUCAUCUGGAGCUUGGUGUUCGGAAACCUGAGAGCGUUCGACUUUUUUGGAGACGGCUCCUUCUACCUUCUUGAUACGCCGGGACAUUCUGUAGGUCACUUGGGUGGCCUCGUUCGAACCACCAAGAACCCAGAUACCUUCAUCUUCAUGGGGGGCGACCUCUGCCACCAUGCCGGCGAGGUACGGCCUUCCAAGUAUAAGCCACUGCCGAACGAAAUGGCGCCAGAAAUCCUACCCGAAUUCCUGCGCCAAGUUUGCCCUGGGGCUGUAUUAGAAGAACUUCUGACAAGCAGAUCUCGAGCGGCUGAUCAAUCUUUUUUUGACCCCCACCUUGGGUCAGACAUCCCAGAGGCGAUUCGCACUAUCGGAAAGGUGCAGGAAGCGGAUGCGAACGACAAUGUGCUAUUUCUUUACGCCCAUGAUACCAGCUUACUUGACGGGAUGGUUGAUUUAUUCCCGCAAGUCGCAAACAAUUGGAAGAAGAAUGGGUGGCGUACGAAGCUUUAUUGGCACUUUCUCGGUGACUUCCGUGAAGCACUUGGACUCCUCGAUAAUGCAUAG